ACAAUGACUGAUAAUCAGCUCCAGAGCAGUUUCUCUGUAACCCUGGUCUCUCUGGAUGAGAGCGACAUGAAGCAGGAGCUGGCUCGUCCUCGUCCUCAUCAGGGGCUCACACUUCUAGUCCACACAGAGAUGGACUUCUCCCUCAGCAUUAAUGAUGAUGCUGGUGUUUGUGUUUUUAAGUUCUCCAUCACGAGGGACACAGAGUGUUGCCGGGUGGCCACCCGCUCAUUCCUCAUCACUCUGGGCUGUUUCAGUAUCAUCGUGCACUUCACCACUCAGUCUGAGUUUGAGAUCUUCCACAGAAUGCUGCGCUCAUGGCACGAGCUCAGGAGAGAUCAGUCUGUGUUUCAGCAGAGGACAGACGGUUCAUCUGCACUGCAGUACUUCCAGCAGAACAUGCUUCAGGAUUAUCUCAGGACUGCAACCUACCAAAAAGCCAUUCUGCUCAACGAAGUUGACUUUAAAGAUAAAGUGGUUCUUGAUGUAGGCUGUGGAACAGGGAUAUUGUCCUUCUUUGCUGUCCAGGCCGGGGCUAAGAAAGUGUACGCAGUGGAGGCCAGUUCUGUGGCCAAAUAUGCAGAAACUCUAGUGAAAAGCAAUAACUUGUCCAACAAAAUCACGGUUUUGUCAGGAAAGAUUGAGGAAGUUUCCUGCUCAGAGAAGGUGGAUGUGAUCAUCUCAGAGCCCAUGGGCUACAUGCUCCUCAAUGAGAGGAUGUUAGAGAGCUAUUUGCACGCCAAAAACUGGUUAAAACCCAAAGGCAUGAUGUUCCCGACUCAGGGUGACAUUCAUCUGGCUCCUUUCACUGAUGAACAACUGUACAUGGAGCAUCACACCCGCUCUAACUUCUGGAAUCAGAGAUGUUUCUAUGGUGUGAACUUGAGCGGGCUUCAUUCUUCUGCUGUGGAUGAGUUCUUCAGACAGCCAAUAGUUGACACAUUCGAUAUGCAGAUUCUCAUGGCCAGGUCUGUGAAAUACACAAUCAACUUUCUGGAGGCAAAAGAGGAAGAUUUACACCGGUUGGAAAUUCCAUUUGUCUUCAAACUGCUGCAGUCAGGGUUGAUUCAUGGACUUGCGUUUUGGUUUGAUGUGGCCUUUGUUGGCUCAAGGAUGACAGUAUGGCUGUCCACUGCUCCAAAUGAACCUUUGACUCAAUGGUAUCAGGUGCGCUGUCUUCUGCAGACCCCCCUGUUUGCCAAAAUGGGGCAGACGUUAUCUGGACGGGUUCAGCUAAUAGCCAACAAGAGACAAAGCUAUGACAUUCACAUUACUGCUUUGGUUGAUCAGUCUGGAUUUAAAUCUGGGAAUUCACUGGAUUUGAAAAAUCAUUUUUUUCGGUAA